AAAGAAACUGGUUAGUUGCUGAUUUUCUUUUGCGAAGAACAACAAUAUGGCUGAGGCUGUCGUAUCAAUGGUGUUGGAAUCACUCGCCCUUUUGUCUACGGAAUUGACUCUCUCGAGUGGAAGGGCUAGACUCACGGAUCAGAUUCUGGAUGCACAAGGACAGCUAAUAAUGAUACGUAGUUUACUCGAAGAUGCAGAUGCAAGACAAAGCCACGUUGACGAAGUCAGCGACUGGGUUGCAACAAUUAGAGACGCUGUUUGUGAUUUGGAGGAUAUCAUCGAAUCUUAUGUCUUGAAAGAGGCUUCCCGGAGGAACGGAAGUUGGAUGCAGAUUAUUGCCAGAGGGUUUGCUUGCGUCGGUGUCGUUGAUAUUGGUAAGACUGGGUUGAAAAUUAGAAGAAUUAGGGCCCAACUAUCUGAUUUGAUCGAUAGUUUUAUAAAUUAUGGCAUAGUUAGUCGGAUGCGGCCGGAUAAUGAAUCUGCCACUUCUGUACGAAACAAUCUGAUGUCGAGACGAACCUAUUCUCAUGCUAUCGAGCGAUUUGUUGUUGGUUUAGAAGAAGACGUUGGCAGUUUGGUUAGGCAUUUGGUUGGAGGAGAAAACAGCCCUAGUGUGGUGUCUGUUUGGGGCAUGGCCGGUGUUGGGAAGACCACAGUUGCACAACAAGUCUACCAUCAUACCAAGAUUAGAUAUCAUUUUGACUGCAUGGCUUGGGUGUGUUUGUCUCAAGAAUUUCAAUCAAGAGAUGUUCUCCAAGAAAUCUUGACUAAACUUAUUAGUGCUACCGAUGAGCAAAGAAGAGAGUUUGCAGAGAUGAAUGCUUCAGAAAUAGCCGAGCUGCUGUAUAAUACACAACAAAGAAACAAGUGUUUUGUAGUGCUUGAUGACAUUUGGACCCGUGAUGCAUGGGAUUCUUUGAAACUUGCGUUUCCCGGUGAGGGAACAAAGAGCAAAAUAUUGCUCACUACUCGUAGUGAAGAAGUAGCUUUACAUGCUGCAGGCGGAGAAGGAGGUUUUCUCUAUAAAGCUCGGCCUCUAAUGGAACAGGAAAGCUGGAUACUGUUUAAGCAGACAGCAUUUCCUGAACCGGUUGCUCACACAGAAUCUAUUCGACAAAAGGAGGUAUUAGGAAUGAAAAUGGUUGAAAGGUGUGGAGGAUUGCCAUUAGCUGUCAUUGUGCUCGCAGGACUUCUAGCUAGGAAGAACACAGUUGAAGAAUGGUUAACUGUGAGUGAGGAUGUUGAGGCAUACUUAAGGGGAGGCAAAUAUGAAGGCAAAUAUGAAGGUACAUCAUGGGUGUUGAAAAUGAGUUACGAUAACUUGCCAGAACAUUUACAAAUAUGCUUUCAAUAUUUAGGCAAUUUUCCCGAGGAUUAUGAGAUACCAGUGAAAACAUUGACCCGAUUAUGGAUUGCAGAAGGUCUCAUAGCUCCAAUAUCUUCGGAAUCAGCAGAGAAUAUAGAAGAUGCAUCAUAUGGUUACUUGAAUGAGUUGGUCGAAAGGUGCAUGGUUCAAGUUGUAAAACAUAGUUUAACUGGAAAUAUCAAAACCAUUCGUCUCCAUGAUGUUAUGCUAGAAUUGUGCCGUAAAAUGGCAGAACGUGAGAACUUUCUUUAUGUGGUCAAUUCUUCUGAAGCCACACAGACCCAGCUGGCAGCAUCAUGCAACAAAGUUCCAAGACUUGCGGUCUAUUUAUUUAGUAUACUUGAGAACCUUCUGCAUGCUGUCAAUUCUUCUGAAGCCACAGAGACCCAGGCAUCAAUCAAAAAAGUUAGAAGACUUGCGGUCCAUUUAGACGGAAUUGGUCAUGAGUUAGCUCCGCCAUGUGAUAAAAGACAUGCCUCCCUCAGGUCUCUAUUAUUCUUUGUUGGAGGACACUAUUAUUCAGACAUACAUAGAAAGUUACUGAGGUCACUUUGCAGAGAUUUCAAAUUUCUUAAAGUUUUAAAAUUUGAAGAUAUGAAGGCAGAACCAGAGGUAGAAUUGCCGAGCGAUAUCGGGAAUUUAGUCCACUUGAGGUUCUUAAGUCUGAAGAACAGUGAAAUAAAACGGUUACCAUCAUCUGUGGCUAAUUUGGUAUGUUUGCAGACACUAGAUUUACGUUCUGUGGAAUGGGUUAGUGUUAAAAUUCCAAAUGUAUUUUGGAAGAUGGCGAAGUUGAGACAUUUAUAUUUACCCUUGAAUCACAGAGUAACUGAGAAGCUGUCAUUGGCCACGCUUCACAAUUUGCAGACAUUAGCCAACAUUUCAAGUCAAGAUUGUGAUUUGAAGGAUCUUAUUGAGCUAACUGAUCUAAGAAAAUUAGUCCUGGAUGCACGGGAACCAACCGAGUUCAAAACUCUGGAGGAAAUCAUGAUAUCUAGCAGCAUCACAUUUGACCAUCUUCAGUCUCUAUCUUUGGUGACAGGCAACGGCAAUGGGGAUAUACCAACACUUAUAGUAUUGAGCUGUCCUCAUCUUUUGAAGCUGCAAUUGUAUGGAAGAAUCAAAGGGUUCCCAGACGACGAUCAUUUCUCAAACCUCAUCAAGGUAACCUUGGAGGAAACUAAUCUACAGGCCUGCCAUAUAAAAAGGCUAGAGAAGCUAACCAAGUUAAAAGUGCUUUUCCUUAGAAUGGGUGCUUUGAAGUCAGAAACUAUGGUUUUCUCCAAGGAAGGCUUUCCUCAACUCGAGUUUCUUUCCCUGCUUGGCUUAUGUGAACUAAAGGAGUGGACAGUGGAGGAAGGAGCCAUGCCAAGACUCUACAGUUUGCACAUCGGAUAUUGCUGGAGGUUGAGGGCAGUUCCAGAUGGACUUCAACAUAUUCUUACCCUCAAGGAGUUAACCAUCAAACGGAUGUAUCAUGAAUUUUGUAAAAGACUUGAAAAAGGAGGAGCAGAUUUCGACAAAUUCAGACAUGCAUCGGUUACAAUAACAAACAAGAGAUGAAUCCAAGGCAGGCAUAAAGCUGCUGGCGUGUCUAAAGUUAUGGGUGGCUUCAAAAGUCUACUAUACUCGGCAUGGAUGGUAUGUCAUUCACUAGUAAACUGA